UUUUUUCCUGUGACAAGCUCUUGCGGACGGCUAGAGUACCCAGGCACCCCGAGGGGAUCCCAAGUUCCCAACCGUUGGAUGUGGCGCUGGCUCUCUCCAGCAUUGGACUGAAUCUAAAUUCCUCAUGAACUGAAAGGAAAGCGUCCUUCGAUUUGUGGGGUGGACAAGAUUGUGCGCUAGGCUUGCUGUUGCCCGCCACUGGUGACCACAUUCCUUAUCCUUCUUAUUGUACAUAUCAGAGCUCCAAUUCUGUGGAAAUUUCUAGGUAGUUUACUGAAUCUGUAGGGAUUUUUUGGUGAAUACGCUUCCAUAACAGUGGCGUGAAACAAUCGCGGUUCACGCCACUGUUAUGACUAACAAAAAUGAAAAAAGGGAGUGGCGAUGGCAAGUCCCCAAAUUUAAAGCAUUCCCUUGUUCUGUGGAGCUCUGGUUAGUCCCUGCCCAAGUGCCCGGUCUUUCCGACUUUGCUCGACGCCUCAAGCUCACGAAGGGAAAGAUGGCACAGAAGUUUCUUUUCAUUCUCAUCUGUUUGUCAGCGAUAAUUCGCUCCUUGGCAUCCCAUGCCACUUCUAACGGUUUACUGAAAAUCAGUUUAGAGAAAAAGCCCUUGGCUCUUGAUAAUAUAAAAGCUGCAAGAGUUGCAAAGGAAGUGGGGAAGUAUGUAGGGGGUCCUUGGUACUCCCAUCAUAAUUUGGGUAAUCCAGAUGCAGAUGUAGUACCUCUGAGGAAUUAUUUGGAUGCCCAAUACUUUGGAGAGAUUGGCAUUGGUUCUCCGCCGCAGAACUUUACUGUCAUAUUUGAUACUGGAAGCUCCAACCUCUGGGUUCCAUCCUCCAAAUGCUAUCUUUCUGUUGCUUGCUAUUUCCACUCCAAGUACCAGGCAAGCCGCUCCAGCACAUAUACAAAGAUAGGCAAGUCUUGUGAGAUUGAUUAUGGAUCUGGAUCAAUAUCUGGCUUCUUCAGCCAGGAUAAUGUACAAGUUGGGGAUCUCAUCACCAAAGAUCAGGUUUUUAUUGAGGCUACACAAGAAGGGAGUCUUUCCUUCAUUAUUGCAAAGUUUGAUGGGAUACUUGGACUCGGAUUUCAGGAAAUUUCUGUUGCGAAUGUGGUGCCUGUCUGGUACAACAUGGUAGAGCAAGGUUUGGUAAGUGAACCAGUCUUCUCUUUUUGGCUUAAUCGAGAUCCUGGGGCAGAAGAGGGAGGUGAAAUCAUUUUUGGUGGUGUUGAUCCAAAACACUUUAAUGGUGAACAUACUUAUGUUCCGGUCACCGAAAAGGGCUACUGGCAGAUUGAAAUGGGAGAUUUUCUUAUUGGGAACCAAUCAACAGGUUUAUGCGAGGGUGGUUGUGCUGCUAUAGUGGAUUCAGGGACGUCCUUACUCGCUGGUCCAACUACAGUUGUUACUGAAAUCAACCAUGCCAUUGGAGCAGAAGGAAUAGUUAGCAUGGAAUGUAAAGAAGUUAUUUCUCAAUAUGGGGAAUUAAUAUGGGAAAUCUUGACAACUGGGGUACAACCUGGCCAAGUAUGUUCACAGAUUGGUGUAUGCUUUUCUGAUGGAUCUCAGUUUGUGAGCACCAACAUUGAAACAGUGGUUGAAAUGCAAAACAAGGAAGGGACAUCUAUCAGUAAUGACUUACUAUGUGUUGCCUGUGAGAUGGCCGUUGUUUGGGUUCAGAAUCAGCUUAGACAAAACAAAACAAAAGAAAUAGUUUUCCACUAUGUCAAUGAGUUGUGUGAGAGCCUCCCAAGCCCGGCUGGAGAAUCAGUUAUUGACUGCAAUAGCAUAGCAAGCAUGCCAAAUGUUUCAUUUACCAUUGGGGAUAAACUUUUCAAUCUUACUCCUGAACAGUACAUCCUUAAAAUUGGAGAGGGCGAUCUCACUGUCUGCUUGAGCGGGUUUAUUGCAUUUGAUGUGCCUCCUCCUCGUGGUCCCCUCUGGAUUCUUGGCGAUGUCUUCAUGGGAGUAUAUCACACGGUUUUUGACUUUGGCAAUCUGCGAGUAGGAUUUGCAGAAGCUGCUUAGCUAUGUCGGUGCUUUUAGCAAGCAAACUAGGGUGUUGUAUGUUAAUGAAUGAUAAAUGUGACCAUAUGAUUACCCAUAUGUUGAUGAUGAUUAUAUUAUGUAAAUGACAUGGUCUGUACUGUCUUGUGGUUCUCAUUCUUUAUACUCUUACAGGUAAACAAAACUAUUGGUAUUAUUAGUCUGAA